GGAGGGUUGGUGGAAGAGUGGUAGUAGGUGCUCUGUACCUGUAAAAAUCAUCCUCAGCUACUUCCAUCUCUCUCUCUCUCUCUCUCUCUCUCUCUCUCUGUGCUUCCACCACCAUGGAUCUCAGCCCUCUUCCCCUUCAACCCCAACCUCAGGAAGAACAAAAGCCCGAACCAGAGCACGAAAUUACGAUCCUACCCUCCCCUCUUCUCUCCACAGCUUCCCUCUCUCUUUCCCUCUCCUCUCUCCUCUCCUACAAACCUCCUUCCUUCCUUCCUCACUUUUCCUAUAAAUGCCCCAAAAUCCCUUCCCAAAUCUCAUCUGUCUCCUCCAAUCUCUCCCCUCCAAAACCCUCCCCAUCUCUGAGAUCUUCCACUUUCAAAUCCUCGCCCUCCAUCAUCCCCCUCCAGUCCCCGCUCUCAGUGCCCCACCGUCGCGUUCCUGAUCCGUCCAAUCCCUUCGCCCUCCGUCGAUCGUCGAUCGUCUUCUUCCGCAACGAUCUCCGCCUCCAUGACAAUGAGACUCUCAAAUCCGCCCACGACGAGUCCCUCUCUGUUCUCCCUGUCUACGUCUUUGACCCCCGUGACUAUGGAAAAUCAUCCUCCGGCUUCGACAAGACCGGGCCCUACCGCGCCACCUUCCUCCUCCAGUCCGUCUCCGACCUCCGCCACAGCCUCCGGUCCCGUGGGUCUGAUCUUGUUGUCAGGAUCGGGCGGCCGGAGACGGUCCUCGCCGAGAUGGCGAGGGCGGUUGGGGCUGAGGCGGUGUAUAUGCAGCGGGAGGUGUCGAAGGAUGAGGUUCGGACGGAGGAGAGGAUUGAGUCUGCGUUGAAGGAGGAUGGGGUGGAGGUGAAGUAUUUCUGGGGAAGCACACUCUAUCAUUUGGAUGAUCUGCCAUUUAAAUUGGAGGAUAUGCCGUCGAAUUUCGGAGGGUUUAGGGAGAGAGUGGAGGGUUUGGAAGUGAGGAAGACAAUUGAGGCGCUGGAUCAGUUGAGGGGCCUGCCGAGGAGAGGCGAUGUUGAGGUUGGGGAGAUUCCGAGCUUGGUGGAUCUCGGGCUCAGCCCAACUGUGACGAUGGCUCAGGAUGGGAAGCCCACCGCUAAUGCUUCUCUUGUGGGAGGUGAAACCGAAGCAUUGCAGAGGCUCCAGACAUUCGCAGCAGAAUGCCGGGCACAGCCAAACAAGGGUGAUAAGGAUAGUGGUCGUGAUAACAUAUAUGGAGCCAAUUUCUCCUGCAAAAUCUCUCCUUGGCUUGCCAUGGGAUGUCUCUCUCCCCGUUUCAUGUUUGAUGAGCUGAAGAAAUCUGCAACCAGAAUGGUUUCCGCCACCUCAACUUCGAAAAAUGGCACUGGCCGCGUUGACAAUGGAAUGAACUGGUUGAUGUUCGAGUUGUUAUGGAGGGACUUCUUCAGAUUCAUUACGAAGAAGUACAGUGCUGCCCCGAAGAAACUUGAAGCUACUCCAGCUACAGCUUGCAUGGGCGCUCUUGCCUGAGCUCAGUGAAAUCCAUCUGUUGUAGGUCUUUUUGAAGGAAGUGGUGGGUUUUCCUUGUUGGGACCCUCUCAGCUUUCAUUGUCCCAGAAAGAGGUGGGUGUAGAGUAGCCCGUUUUAAUGUUUCUUUGAGAUUGCCGAUUUGGCAAUGUGAACGAGCAUGUACGUUUGUCCAGACAUGAAUAACAGACCCUUUUAGGAGAGGGGUCCUGUCGGAGAAUCAAAUACCGUCAAUCGGUCCGUGUAUCUGUCUUAAGUGCAUAUCAUGUUUCCCUUUUCUUUC